AUGACCAUUCAUAGACUAAGAACGGAUCGGAACGGAAUGGAACAGAACGAGAACGGAACGAUUGGAAAAAAAGGAACAGGAACAGAACGAUCUAGCUGUCGGAACGUGUCCAGCCCUAACAAAGAAUGUCAUACAACCUACGAAACGACCUACAAGACCUCCUAUAGACAGGCCUGUGAAACUGUUUAUGAAACCAAGUGUCAAAACACCUACAGGACUGAAUAUAAAGAUGAAUGCAGUACACGAUAUGAAAAGGAAUGUUCUACUUCAUAUAAAACCUCUUAUAAGAAGGAAUGCAGCACAAGUUAUAAACAACAAUGCCGUGAAGUUGGAUAUGGGUAUCAUAAAAAGCAAGAGUGUCAUCAGGUUCCCCAAGAGCACUGUCAAAAUGUUCCUGUACAGACCCCUGUUGAACAAUGCCAUAACGUUCCUAAACAAGAAUGCCAAAAAGUGCCUGUACAAGUGCCGGAUAAACAGUGCGAGCAAGUGCCAAGACAGAACUGUAAGCAAGUGCCAGAAAAAACUCCCGUUCAGGUCCCUAAAGAAAACUGCCAAAAUGUUCCUAAAGAAAACUGCCAACAGGUUCCUGUCCAGGUCCCCAAGCAAAUCCCAGUGAAGACCCCCAAGGAGGUCUGCGAACCCCAGGGAUAUGGGGGAGGCCAUGGUGGCGGUCAUGGAGGCUUUACAGGAGGUCAUCCCGGAUUCGGAGGAGCUGACUUUGGCAAAGGCUUCGGAAGUGGUUUCGGAGGUGGUUUCGGAGGAGGUUACGGCUGGUAGAUCGUGCAGGAAUUGUUUAAUCAAGAAUCUAGUCAAGAUUUGAAAAUGCGCCAAUUUAAAAUUUGGCGUCAAAGUGACGUAAAGUUAAGACGACGUCUAAAUUUAAAAAUACCGACUUUAAUCGGUUACUAAUUAACGCAUGUUUUAGUAUUUAUUUAGAAGAAAUAAAUAGAAAUAUAACAAAGA